UGUUUGUGAAAACGAAUGUAACUUCAAAGAUCAUUCAGGCUGUUAAUUGUGUUAAAGGGGAACUGUCAAAAUGAAGCUGUGUGUAUUCCUCUCCGUUGUGGCCCUAACGUCAGCGGCAGUUGUUCGAGACAAUAAAAGGAGUGACCCUGACUUCUGGAAUCAAUUCGCACAACAACUGGCUCAGAUUGGCGAACAUUUCGUGGCAACGGCCGGUCAUGUGGCUGAAACUGCUCUCCAAAAUCUAGUACCAUCAUCAGCCACAAAGAGAAGCGACAACGCCGACUUACUGAACCAGUUAGAACAACAGUUGGCUCAGAUUGGCGCACAUUUUGCAGCAACCGCGGCUCAUGCAGCUGAAAUCGCACUACAAAACCUAGUACCAUCACCAAAGAGAAGCGACACUGAUUUUCUGAAUCAGUUUGCGCAACAAUUGGCUCUGAUGGGUGAACACUUCGCUGAAACCGCGGCCCAAGUAGCUCAAACCGCUCUCCAGAACCUAGUGCCAGCAGCUUCCCCAAAGAGAAGUGACACCGAUUUCCUGAAUCAGUUCGCUCAACAAUUGGCUCUGAUCGGUGAACACUUCGCUGAAACCGCGGCCCAAGUAGCUCAAACCGCUCUCCAAAACCUAGUACCAUCAGCAUCCCCAAAGAGAAGUGAUACCGAUUUCCUGAAUCAGUUUGCACAACAGCUGGCUCUGAUUGGUGAACACUUCGCAGAAACCGCGGCCCAAGUAGCUCAAACCGCUCUCCACAACCUAGUACCAUCAGCAUCCCCAAAGAGAAGCGAUACUGAUUUUCUGAAUCAGUUUGCUCAACAGUUGGCUCUGAUUGGUGAACACUUCGCAGAAACCGCGGCCCAAGUAGCUCAAACCGCUCUCCACAACCUAGUACCAUCAUCAGGCCCACAGACGCAAUAAAUCUACUAACAAAGUUGCUGAUGUUUUUGAAAAUGGUUUAUUAAAACAGAAA